UCGAGCCCGAGCUUGUGUUUGCAGCUGUCGGUUUGCGCGGCGCUGGGAACUGCGCCGGUGACGGGAUUACGGGAAUUUCACAUCCGAGGCCGUCCACUUGCCUGCGCCGUCUUGCUGCUCCUCAGAUCCCUCGCGUGGUUAGGUCCGGAGAGGAUUAAACCGAGCGAUCGCAGGCUUUGGUUAAGGUGAGCGGGCGAAGAGCCGUGCUCGGAAGCCAGGGUUCACCAUAACAAACAGCAAGAAAAAAUAUGGGUCCUUUGGAUAUUUUGAAAUAAUUGCAAAUUGACACAUUUUACCUGCUACUGGAUAUAAGCUCUUAUGUUCUACUUCCAGUUUUGAAAACACAAUGGCAGGUUUUAAACGUGGAUAUGAUGGAAAAAUUGCUGGUCUAUAUGAUUUAGAUAAAACAUUGGGCAGGGGUCAUUUUGCUGUUGUGAAAUUAGCACGACAUGUUUUCACUGGAGAAAAAGUAGCAGUGAAAGUCAUCGAUAAAACAAAACUUGACUCUGUUGCUACAGGGCAUUUGUUCCAGGAAGUCCGAUGCAUGAAACUUGUGCAGCAUCCCAACAUUGUUCGUUUAUAUGAAGUAAUUGACACCCAAACAAAACUUUAUCUUAUUCUGGAAUUGGGAGAUGGAGGUGACAUGUUUGAUUACAUCAUGAAACAUGAAGAUGGUCUCAGUGAAGAUCAAGCAAAAAAAUACUUUGCACAGAUAGUACAUGCGAUAUCCUAUUGCCAUAAACUGCAUGUUGUUCACAGAGAUUUGAAGCCAGAAAAUGUGGUUUUCUUCGAACAUCAAGGAAUUGUAAAACUUACAGAUUUUGGGUUUAGUAACAAGUUUCAGCCUGGAAAGAAGUUAACAACAAGCUGUGGGUCACUUGCAUAUUCAGCACCAGAAAUUCUGCUUGGAGAUGAAUAUGAUGCACCUGCAGUAGAUAUCUGGAGCCUGGGUGUUAUUCUUUUCAUGUUGGUAUGUGGGCAGCCUCCAUUUCAAGAGGCAAAUGACAGUGAGACUCUCACCAUGAUUAUGGACUGCAAGUACACAGUGCCUGCCCAUGUCUCCAAAGAAUGCAAGGAUCUUAUCAAUCGCAUGCUGCAGAGAGAUCCAAAACGAAGAGCCUCACUGGAAGAGAUUGAGAACCACCGUUGGCUUCUAGGAAUUGAUCCUUCACCUGCAACCAAGUGCAAUAUUCCGCUUGUCUCUUACAAGAAUCUCUCAGAUGAAGAACAUAAUGGGAUCAUCCAGCGCAUGGUGCUUGGUGACAUUGCAGACCGAGAAACUAUUAUUGAGUCGCUGGAAAGUAAUAAAUACAAUCACAUCACUGCCACUUACUUUUUGCUGGCUGAAAGGACCUUGAAGGAGAAGCAGGAGAAAGAAGUUACCCGUUCCUCCAGCCCAAGCCACAUUAAAGCUCAGUUCAGGCAAUCCUGGCCUACAAAAAUAGAAGUAGCAAAGGAUAUUGAAGACAUAACAACAUCACCCAUCAUCCAUCCUGUGUCCAUUGCUGGAGUCUGUUCCCCAGCCCGCACUGCAGAGUCCACCAUUAAUGGACAUCGAAUGAAAUCUGGUGAGCCUGCAAAGAAAGAAGAAUCAUCGACAAUUGGUGCUAUUGGAAAGCCUCCUACGAACAAUAGGACGUGUUUGUUCAGAGUGGAAGAGGAUGAAGAGGAUGAUGAUGAUGACAGAAAUGUAAUUCCUCUUCCCACUCCUGUAGUUUUGCGACGCAAACCUUCCAUAACAAACAGGCUUACCACCAGGAAGAGUGCUCCUGUCCUUAAUCAAAUAUUUGAGGAAGGAGAGUCGGAUGAUGAUUUUGACAUGGAUGAAAACCUGCCCCCCAAGCUCAGUCGGUUAAAGAUGAACAUUGCUUCUCCAAGCACUGUGAAUAAACGUUACCACAAGAGGAAAAGUCAAGGCCGUGGAUCAAGCUGUAGCAGUUCUGAAACCAGUGAUGAUGAUUCAGAAAGUCGCCGUCUUCUUGACAAAGACAGUGGGUUCACCUACUCCUGGCACCGCCGUGAUAGCAGUGAAGGGCCUCCAGGGAGUGGGGGGGAUGGAAGUGGGCAAGGCAAGUCAAGUGAUGGGAAUGCUGGUUUUGACAAGAGCAGCCCAAGUGAUGGCAACAAAGGUGGGAGUAGUCCUUCCAAUGAUUCCGGUGGGAGCACCAACAACACGGGAACAAGAACUCACAGCUGUACAACACAAGGAAAUUCUUCACAGUCACCUAAAGUUGCAGAAGAUUUGGUGGAGAGCCUGAAGCUAAUGAGCCUCUGUCUUGGGUCGCAAUUGCAGGGUGGCAAUGGUAGUCGAUAUAUCAUUGAACCAACAUCUGGAAUUAGAAUACAUGAGAAAUCGGCUUGGAAAAUGUGCAUCACUUCGAGCAAUAUUAUAGAGCGAACCUCUGGCUUGACCAGUGGCGAAUCUUAUUCUGACCAAAUGGCUGACCUGCUGAAUAUGCUUGAAAUGUCGAAAGAGAACAACAUGAACUUGAAAAACAAUGUUCUACAGCUACCUCUUUAUGAGAAAACACUCUCUGUGAAUUUUCAGCGGAACCCUAAGGAUGGACUGCUGUGUACCUCGAGUCAAACCAGCUGCUGUCAAGUUAUUUAAUACGUUUUAGCUUGAUUAACUGUUAUUCUUGCUGGUUACAGUUUGACUUUUUUAGCAAAGUGGAAUUCUUUUAGCCUUGAGCUUUUUAAAUGGACUUUUAAAAUUAUUUAUUGCAAUGUUUGAAUUUGUUUGCUUAAUAUAUUGACAAUGCAUGGUCUUUGUGCAUGCUGCUGGCUACUGCUUUACUUUCCCAACAAGAAAAACAUGACUGGGGCAGAAUUUUUUAAUAUCUUGGGAGUUUAGUAUCAACCUGUUGGUUGUAUGUUGUUAAUGGAGCUAAAUACAGUUUAAGUAAAUAGUGCACUUUGUAGCUCUUUGUGUUGCACAUGAAAGGAUACUGCAAAUCGAUAUGGUUUCAGACCAUAUGAUCAAAGAGUGUUAGGUUUAAUUACUUACUCUAGUGUACCUGACAGAAAAGAACCAAAGCAAUAACUAAAAUAUUGCAGCCCUUGUGAAAACAUUUCACUAUUCCAAGCUUGAUGAAAUGCUCUCUGCACAAUAGUCAUACUGGAGAGUCUUAAUUUGUUGAAAGAUUGCAGAGAACUCACUUCAGGGUGGUUUAGUCUAUAUUGACUUAAACUCAGGAUAAGGCAAACUUGAGCAAGACUUUGAAGGUGCUAUAAUUGGACAGAAUUGGAUUGAACUAAGUUUGCUGAUUAUUAGUGGCCAUGACACUAUGUUGCCCCUCAAGUGAGAAGGCCCUGCACUUAGGCUAGCUUGUCUCUUUAUCUGUGUAUAUGUUUGGAUCUACUUGUCUGUCAGUUCCGUGGGGUAGGACAUGGUGUAGUGAUUGGAAGCAACAAAAAAUAGCAUUGUCACUUGCAGACCAAUAAGUUGUGAUUUGCUAGAAAGACAAUGUCAGGGUAGCUAUGAUUUAAAUGUGAAGUACUUACUGUUUAUAUCCUGCACCAUGACACUUAAGAUACCACCAACUCCCUUCCUACUAUUGAAGGGAUUCUCCACUGACACAUGGAGAAUUGCAUUAAGACCUCGAAGGAGGAGAGAUUUUCAGUGCUAAUCUGUAAUUGGAAUUUCAGUUUUUUAUUGACCAACAGUUUAUGGAUUACUUUCUGUUAAACUCUGUAGUUUAUGGAUUGAAUAAAGUAAACCUUUCCUAAUCCAUAGAUAAAUGGGCUAUACUCCAGUCAAUAGGUAGUUAUGGAUUUACUCAUAAGAUUAUUUAUCCUAACAUUGAAAAACUCUACUUCCUUGAAAUAUAGGUCUGGCUUUGGCAAAAGCUUUCCAGUCAGUUAUUUGGUGGUAAAUAUAUGUUUUAAAUUUAAUGUUGCAGGAUAAUUUGGAGUUGGGGUUGGGGUGUAUCAAGUUAUUCUUAAAGUAUAUUGGCAUUCCAGUUUUUAAUGGCCUGAUUUUCAUUGUGGGAAAUAACAAAUAGUGAAGGGAAUUCAUAGCAAUUGUGUAGAUGCAGUUAAGUUUUUGGAUUAAUGUACAUAGUUUUGUUUAUAUUUUAUGUAUAGCAUUGUGAUGGCACCUUUUAGAACUCCUACCUUGUGUAUUUGUACAAGAACUGUAAAUUUGUGUAUACACAGUACUGAGAAUUACAGUGAUGUACAGUUGUCAGAUUGUACUAGAUUAAUGUAGGUGGAAAUGCCCACUGUUUAACUGUCUGUAUUCUAUAUGGAGUUGUCUCAAGUGAAUGACCUGUAAGUAAUGUGUUGUAUGUUGUGCUGCAUCAUUUGGUGCAAUGAAUGGAAAGAGUAACCACUACUUAUGAAUGUUGUUGGACCAAAUAAUGUAAUAGUAUGAAAAUGUGGCAUCCCAUGGCCAACCUUCAAAUUGGUAUUUUCAUGUGUGAAUAGUGGCUAAUUUCUAGUCAGUUGUAACUUUAAAACUAUUAAAAUAUGUAAAAUUAUUUGAAUUAGAAAGAAAGCCUAGCUCAAUUUGUGGUUGACUUGCAUGUGUAGAUGACAAAAACCUUCAAAACUAUCAUCUUUGCUUAAUAGCUUAAGGACAGUAUCAUUCUGAAGCAAUAGUGAAACAACAGACUAGUUUCCUUCUGUUGUUACUCUAUUAUUUAUAAAACCAACCAUUGUGUAGUUUGGCACAUUACAGAAAAGGAAUUUUGGAAAUUAACCAAGACCUAAAGAACGAUCCGCAUUGCCGUCCAGUAUUGCCUCCCGAACUCAACUAGACAUUAAUGAAACUAAAUUAGGAAUUUAAGUAAAUCUCCACAGUUUAUGUCGUUACAACUGUUGUACGCAGAGUUGUAUUUCCUGAAGAGGGCUUAAAUAUAUCAGUACACCACCAGUGUUUUGAUGCAUGGAGAGAAAUUUGUUCAAUUUCUGUUCCAAAUGUAUGACUGCUAUUUUAGCUGUAGCCUCUUCUAUUUCCACGUGGCAUUCAAAUCAGUUCGGCUGAGGCAGCUUGAUGAAACAGGAUGCUCAUAAUAUUUGAUCAAAUUUAUUUUGUUUGUGUACUUCAUCCAGAGAUUCUGCCAAGAUAUGGAGUAUAUUCAAUGUUAUAUGUUUUCACCAUAAAUGAAAACUCCAGUUCAACCAAAAACGUAUAAUUGUUUUCCAAUUUGUUUCAAUCAUCCAUUUGCCCUGUAUUUGUGAGUUUCUACCAAAGUUGCCCAUUUAAAAAAUUUCAUCCUUUUUAAAUAAAAAAUUCUCCCUGAUCUCUACUUCAAUAUCAAGCUCUAAAGUAAAGGUUUCAUGA